CUCAAAUGUUCCAUUAACUAUAAAUUCUAAAAGAAAAAGCCUACUCCGUAUUAGCUGGGGCAUCAUCGCAAUUUUAUCUCUUCGUUGCAAUCCGGUCGAACUCCAGAAAUUGCUCACCGAUCACAAAGGAGACAAUGAGACAUUCGGUGAAUCGGCCGCCGACGCCGGACGAACAGGAAAAGGAGCCUUCUCUUCAGGAAAUCAUCAAUCUCAAGUUGAUUGAGACUGGGGAAAAGGAACGCUUGAUGGAGCUUCUGAGGGAGAGACUUGUUGAGUGUGGAUGGAAGGAUGAUAUGAUAUCUCUUUGUAGGGCCUUUAUAAAGAAGAAUGGUCGAAACAGUGUCACCCUUGAUGACCUAAUUCACGUGAUUACCCCAAAGGGAAGAUCAUCAGUACCAGAUUCUGUUAAAGCUGAGCUGCUACAAAGAAUACGAGCCUUUCUUGUUUCAACUUCUCUGUGACGUGUUGGCUUCAUAUACGUCUUUGCGAGCGUAAAACUGUUUCAAUAAUGUUGAUUUAUAUAGGUUACGUGGGAGUAAUUUCUCAUCAUGGUGUGCAUGAAGAGCCAGCUGCAUGCGUGUUUAUUUGAGGGAUACCUUCAGGCUGCUCUCUUGGAACAGAUAUGCUUUCCUGUCAUCUUUUUCUCUGGGCUGUUGUAACUUAUUUCAAGCAUAGCCUACCAAGAGUUUCUGAAAUGUCUAUUCCAAAUUUAAGUUCCAUCAUGUUUCACCCACACCAUUCAUCACUAUAUGCAAAUUUUUAUUUUUAAAGAAAAAAAAACUAGUGUUCAAUCUAGCCUUAAUCGGUUGUUUUAGGAAUGUACUGUAUAUCGGAUCAAAGAAUUGACAAAACAUACAUGAAUGAUUGUGUAGGAGGAGAGUAUAAAUCUCUUCUUUAAGA